GCUUGUAUUGCAAGGAAUUGCUAUCCUUCCCCUCUGAAUUACUAUAAUUUCCCUAAGUCAUGCUGUACAUCAGUGAAUGAAGUGAUCUGCCAUGGAAUUCCUGAUAGGAGACCUUUGCAGGAAGGAGAUAUUGUUAACGUGGAUAUUACUGUCUAUCGUAAUGGUUACCAUGGAGAUCUGAAUGAGACAUUUUAUGUUGGAGAAGUUGAUGAGGGUGCGAGGAGACUUGUCCAAACAACUUACGAGUGCCUAAUGCAAGCCAUCGAUGCAGUAAAACCUGGUGUUCGGUAUAGAGAACUUGGAAACAUUAUUCAGAAACAUGCUCAAGCAAAUGGAUUUUCAGUGGUUCGGAGCUACUGUGGGCAUGGAAUCCAUAAACUUUUCCAUACAGCCCCCAAUGUGCCACAUUAUGCCAAAAACAAGGCAGUUGGAGUAAUGAAGCCAGGACAUGUAUUUACAAUCGAACCAAUGAUCUGCGAAGGUGGUUGGCAAGAUGAAACGUGGCCUGAUGGCUGGACUGCAGUAACAAGAGAUGGAAAACGAUCUGCCCAGUUUGAACACACUCUGCUCGUCACCGAUACAGGCUGUGAGAUCCUAACCCGGCGGCUGGAUAGCUUUCGUCCACAUUUCAUGUCCCAGUGAUAGUCUAGACUGAGUGGGUGGAUCUGAAAGAGAUAUAUUUUUUUUUGUCUCUGUACUAUGCAGUUUAUUAAGAGUACAGAACAGAGGGGGAGUUCAUCAUUUAUUUUGUUCUCACUGACUGUAGUUAAAAGAGGAAUAUCUUGAAGAACCUGACCCAAUGUCUGGAAAAGCAGAGAAGGAUUUAAAAUAUUUUCUGCUUUCCUCCUACCUACAACAUGUACUAUAUUUUUCUUUUUCUUUUUUUUCUUCAAUUACUUCUUUAGUAUCUUUCUUCCAAUUAGAUCUGCAGUUGCUUCUGUUGCUGCCACAAUACUAGCUACAAAAACAUGGGGUUACCUUUCCCACUAGGACUUGAUAUUUUGGGAUCCAGGUUUUUUCACUACUUUAGUGUGCUCUGUCUCUCUUGGUGCCCAAGUGGCGCCUGAAUUUUAAGUGUUCCUAGUUCCAAAGAUCUGCUCUUGCUUCUGCAAAUACUGUUGUAAUGGGCUGGGUCUUGUUUAUCAGUUGAGAAGAGUU